UCCCUUUCAGCACCGGAGAGGAGAGGAGCGCGCGCGUCCGUGCCGCGCGGACUUCGGAGGGGCUUUAUGCGCAAAGACGCGCGGAGGGGACGCGCGGAGAGAGUGUGGAGGAAGAAAGAAAAAGAAAAUCAGGUGGGGUCUCGCAACGUUAUUGACCAGGAGUGACGUGAUGAAUUCCUCUGCUCUCUCUCUCUCUCUCUCUCUCUCUCUCUCUCUCUCUCUCUCUCUCUCCCUCUCCCUCUCUCUGUAUCACACACUCAUUCUUGGGUAUCGACUUCACUACGCGCAGUCUCCCGCUACUGCCUCCUUAAACAUUUUUUAUUUUUGCGUCUUUACGGGUAAAAUCUGAUCCGAACAUUAUCCUCCAAUCAUUUUUAUCCCUCAGCCUCCUGCUCGCGGAAGGUCUAAUAUUCCUCUCAUCGUUUUUCUUUCCUCGCUGCUGUUGUUUUGGAGGGGAGGAUUAAAACUGUCUCACUCCAGGACAAGAGGACUGGUUUUAUUGUUUGGCUUUUUUUGGGAAGCGGGGAGGAAAACUGCUGAGCUCCGCAAGGAAGUUGCCUGAGGCGGACAGGGAGCCCGAGGAGCCCGCGGUAGGAGGAGGAGGAGGAGGAGGAGGAGGAGGAGGCGGUUGGAGACGGAGCUUCUCAACCCUCCGCUCGCUGUGGGGUGAAUUUCCCGAGGUAUCACACAAGGCUUUCCUUUCAUUCAGUCUGAGCCAAUGCUGCUGCUCACAUUCCUCCACUGAUGGAUUAUUGUCUCAGGCUUUUCUUGAUCAUAACUCCUGACUCUUACUUGACAUGGAUGCUGUGCAGUGGAGGGUGUGGGCUCCACUGAAGAUGUGACUCGUGGAUCACAGACUCAACUCCGUCAGUCGAUCUCCAACAUCCGCACCACGUUUCCACUCAACCACUCAACACUUUUUUUAAUCUUGCUGUCUCUUCUGGAUUAUGAUUCGCUCAUGGGGCUCGGCUAGCUCCACGCCUGGGGUCCAUUACCCCUUCCUUUAGGAAGGUUCAACUCUGAAAACCUAUCCUCUGAUUUUGGAAUAUCUAUCUCGCAACCAACUCUGAGAUCACCUUUCUGCGCUUGAAUGUCUUAUUCGCCGACCAUGGAGCCGCAGUUGACUUCCCGCCCGCAGCCCCCCUCUGUCUUCUUCCUGUUCGUGGCUACUUCCUGCGCCUGGCUCCUUCCCGGCGCCUCGCCUCAGCGAAUCCCCACAGACCCGCAGGGGGCACCCGAGUACGCCCACUCCAUCCGGCUGGACGGGGACAUCAUCCUAGGGGGAUUAUUUCCAAUCCACUCCAGGGGGGACCGCGGCACGCCCUGCGGUGAGCUGAAAAAGGAGAAGGGCAUCCACCGCUUGGAGGCCAUGAUGUUCGCCAUCGACCUGAUCAACAAGGACCCCGAGCUGCUGCCCAACAUCACGCUGGGGGCCCGGAUCUUAGACACAUGCUCCAGGGACACGUACGCUCUGGAGCAGUCCCUGACAUUCGUGCAGGCCUUGAUCGAGAGGGACGGCUCCGAUGUCCGCUGCGCUAAUGGAGACCCUCCCAUCUUCACCAAGCCGGAUAAAAUCGUAGGGGUGAUUGGAGCUGCGGCCAGCUCGGUGUCCAUCAUGGUGGCCAACAUCCUGCGCCUGUUUAAGAUCCCCCAGGUCAGCUACGCCUCCACAGCCCCGGAACUGAGCGACAACACCCGUUAUGACUUCUUCUCCCGCGUGGUGCCACCGGACUCCUACCAGGCCCAGGCCAUGAUGGACAUCGUCACGGCGAUGGAGUGGAACUACGUGUCCACGCUCGCCUCAGAGGGCAACUACGGCGAGAGCGGCGUGGAGGCCUUCAUACAGAUCUCCAGAGAAACAGGUGGUGUGUGUAUCGCCCAGUCCUUGAAGAUCCCCAGGGAGCCCCGAACGGGCGAGUUUGACAAGAUCAUCCGACGCCUGCUGGAGACCUCCAACGCCAGGGCCGUCAUCAUGUUCGCUAAUGAGGACGACAUACGACGAGUUUUGGAUGCAGCUAAAAAGAACAACCAGACGGGCCACUUCCUGUGGGUGGGUUCAGACAGCUGGGGGUCCAAAAUCUCUCCUGUGAUUGGCCAGGAGAGGGUGUCCGAGGGCGCCAUCACGAUACUUCCCAAACGGGCUUCUGUGGACGCGUUUGACCGGUAUUUCCGUAGCCGCUCGCUGUCCAACAACAGAAGAAACGUGUGGUUCGCUGAAUUCUGGGAGGAAAACUUCAACUGCAAGCUGGGGAUGCAUGGCAAGCGACCCGGCAGCCUGAAGAAAUGCACAGCUUUAGAAAAAGUCGGUCGGGAUUCCAGCUACGAGCAAGAGGGGAAGGUUCAGUUUGUGAUGGACGCCGUGUACGCCAUGGCCCACGCUCUGCACCGCAUGCACCGGGAGCUGUGCUACGGCUACCCGGGCCUCUGCCCGCGCAUGGCCAGCAACAUCGACGGCAAAGAGCUGCUCAGCCACAUCCGUGCUGUCAACUUCAAUGGAAGUGCCGGUACACCAGUGGUUUUCAAUGAGAACGGAGACGCUCCAGGAAGAUACGACAUCUUCCAGUACCAGAUCACCAACAAAUCUAUUGCGGAGUACAGAGUCAUCGGCUCCUGGACCAAUAAACUACACCUCAGAGUGGAGGCCAUGCGUUGGAAGACAGGCGAUCCAUCUCUCCCACCAUCUGUAUGCAGCAUACCGUGCCGCGCCGGCGAGAGGAAAAAGGUGGUGAAAGGUGUGCCGUGUUGUUGGCACUGUGAGCGCUGUGAGGGAUACCACUAUCAGGCCUCAGAGUUCACCUGCGAGCUGUGUCCAUACGAGAUGCGGCCCGAUGUCAACCGCACCGGCUGCGUCGCCAUCCCCAUCAUCAAGCUGGAGUGGCACUCCCCCUGGGCCAUCUUCCCCGUCUUUAUUUCCAUGCUGGGCAUCAUCGCCACCUCCUUCGUCAUCGUCACCUUCGUCCGGUACAACGACACGCCCAUCGUGCGAGCGUCCGGCCGGGAGAUGAGCUACGUGCUGCUGACGGGCAUCUUCCUGUGUUACGCCAUCACGUUCCUGAUGAUCGCCACGCCGGACGUGGGCGUGUGCUCGUUCAGGAGGAUCUUCCUGGGCCUGGGGAUGUGUUUCAGCUACGCCGCCCUGCUCACCAAGACCAACAGGAUACACCGCAUCUUCGAACAAGGGAAGAAAUCCGUAUCAGCACCCAGGUUCAUCUCCCCCGCCUCCCAGCUCGUCAUCACCUUCUCCCUGAUCUCGGUUCAGCUCAUGGGAGUCUUCGUGUGGUUCGCCGUGGACCCCCCGCACACCGUCGUGGACUACGGCGAGCAGCGGACCCAGGACCCCACGUCGGCGCGCGGCGUCCUCAAGUGCGACAUCUCGGACCUGUCGCUCAUCUGCUCCCUGGGCUACUCCAUCCUGCUGAUGGUGACGUGCACGGUGUACGCCAUCAAGACGCGAGGCGUGCCCGAAACCUUCAACGAGGCCAAGCCCAUCGGAUUUACCAUGUACACCACCUGUAUCAUCUGGCUGGCGUUCAUACCCAUCUUCUUUGGCACGUCGCAGUCCGCAGAGAGGAUGUAUAUCCAAACCACCACGCUGACGAUCUCUCUCAGCCUGUCUGCCUCCGUGUCUCUGGGGAUGCUCUACAUGCCCAAGGUCUACGUCAUCCUCUUCCACCCCGAGCAGAACGUACCCAAACGGAAACGCAGCUUCAAGGCGAUUGUGACAGCUGCCGCCAUGUCGGGAAAACUGGGCCAGAAGGGAGGAGACCGGCCCAACGGAGAGGUGAAGACCGAACUGUGUGAGAGCAUGGAGACCAACACUUCAUCAACUAAGACGACAUACGUCAGUUACAGCAAUCAUGCCAUCUGAAGGGACCACGGACGCCGGAGAAGGGGAUUGGACAGGAGAAAAGGGGGCGUGACUUGGGGCAGGGCCGAGCGAAAGAAGACGUCACCGUUCAAAAGCCUGUUGGCUGGAAAACUGGCGGGAAAAGGCAGAGCGCCCAAUGGAAUUCAAGCAUGAGACAUUUUGUAUUGUUCCGCAUCAAACCACAGAGGGUUGGGACCACAUAAACAGCCAGUCAGUGUGCCUGCUUCCCCGCUGCUCACAGCUCAUUGGUCCUACCAUGAACUUACCUGUUUAAAAAAAGAAAAAAAAGAAAAAAGAGGGUAUGACAAAGGUGACCAACCACAGGACGCUGUGGUGGACAGAGUCACUAUUAAAACUUACAAAAGAUAUAAAAAAAAAAAAAAUACACAUAAAAUUGAAAAUAUAAAGAAAAAACUCCGAAACCAUGUACACAUUAUAUCUAAAAAGGACAAAGGUGGGGCCGGGAAAGAGAUUUAAACAGAUUACAUUUUAAAAAGAUAUUUAAAAAGAGAAAUGUAAGAGAAAAAUCUAUGAGACUCAAACAUGUUUGUUGUUAUUCUCUACUUGUAAGUAUUUUUGUGGUCGUGACGAUUUUUUCAUUCUUGUCUCACCGUUGUCUGAUGGAUCGCCCUUGCAUAAUGAGAUGAGUGUGUUUCCUCCUGCUGUCUUGGCUAACCAGGUCGUAGCCUUGGGUCGUGAACCUGUAAAAUGCCAUGGUUGAAGCAUGCCAGUUUUUUAUACAAAAAUGAAGAUUUAUUUAUAAUAAAGGAAUGUUUUGCAAA